AUGAAUGAGAAUGGAGAGAGACUAAUAGAAUUCUGCACCACUUACAACCUAGUAAUUGGAGGGACCAUCUUUCCGCACAGACGCAUCCACAAACUGACAUGGUACUCUCCAAAUGGAAAGGAUAAGAAUCAGAUAGACCACUUGAUGAUUAACGGCACAGGCAGACGCUCAUUACUUGAUGUUAAAGUUAAACGGGGAGCUGAUGUUGGUACUGACCACCACCUAGUCCUGGCUGUUCUCAAAGUGAAACUGUGGAAAAAAGGGAGCAAAAAGACAGACAGGCAACAGUCUGACGUUGAGAAACUACAUGACCCAAAAGUGAAAGGCUCUUUCGUCUUACAAUUAAGGAACAGGUUUCAGGCACUAGCAGAUAUGGAUGAUCACACAACUGAUAUUAAUACUGUGUGGGUACAAACCAAAAUAGCUUACGUGAAAACACGUGAAGCCUGCCAGGGGUUUAAGCAGAAGACAAAAAGGGGGUGGAUGACUGAAGACACAUGGCAAAUCAUUGAAAAUAGGAGAAAAUUAAAGAAGCAAAUAAAUGAGACAAAGUCCAAAUGGCUGCAAGAAAGAUACAAGAUGCAGUACCAAGAAGCAAACAAAGCAGUUCAGAGGAAAGCCAGAGCUGAGAAACGGGGGUACCUGGAAGAUCUUACUAAUCAAGCAGAAGAUGCAGCUAAGAAAAGGGAGCAAGGGAAAGUCUACAAAAUAACCAAGAUAAUCUGUGGCAAAAAUCGUCGAACCAUUGAGACACCAAUUGUAGACAAAAAGGGCCGAUUCCUAACAAAAGAAGCAUGAUACCAAGAUAGGGGGUGUUGUGGAUAAUGAAGAGGAUUUCCAAAGUCUACAGAGUGAUUUAGGCCAUUUGGAAAAAUGGGCUGAAAGAUGGCAGAUGGAGUUUAAUGCUGAUAAAUGUGAGGUGCUACACCUUGGCAGGACAAAUCAAAAUAGGACGUACAUGGUAAAUGGUAGGGAAUUGAAGAAUACAGUUGAACAGAGGGAUCUGGGUAUAACCGUGCAUAGUUCCUUGAAGGUGGAAUCUCAUAUAGAUAGGGUGGUAAAGAAAGUUUUUGGUAUGCUAGCCUUUAUAAAUCAGAGCAUUGAGUAUAGAAGCUGGGAUGUAAUGUUAAAAUUGUACAAGGCAUUGGUGAGACCAAAUCUGGAGUAUGGUGUACAAUUUUGGUCGCCCAAUUAUAGGAAGGAUGUCAACAAAAUAGAGAGAGUACAGAGGAGAUUUACUAGAAUGUUGCCUGGGUUUCAACAACUAAGUUACAGAGAUAGGUUGAAUAAGUUAGGUCUUUAUCCUUUGGAGCGCAGGUUAAGGGGAACUUGAUAGAGGUCUUUAAAAUGAUGAGAGGGAUAGACAGAGUUGAUGUGGACAAGCUUUUCCCUUUGAGAAUAGGGAAGAUUCAAACAAGAGGACAUGACUUCAGAAUUAAGGGACAGAAGUUUAGGGGUAAUAUGAGGGGGAACUUCUUUACUCAGAGAGUAUUAGCAGUGUGGAAUGAGCUUCCAGUGGAAGUGGUGGAGGCAGGUUCAUUGGUAUCAUUUAAAAAUAAAUUGGAUAGGCAUAUGGAUGAGAAGGGAAUGGAGGGUUAUGGUAUGAGUGCAGGCAGGUGGGACUAAGGGAAAAAAAAGUUGUUCGGCACGGACUUGUAGGGCAGAGAUGGCCUGUUUCUGUGCUGUAAUUGUUAUAUGGUUAUAUGGUUAUAAGCAGAACAAGAAGCUCACUAGACGGAACACUUUAAUGAAGUACUGAAUAGAGCACCACCCAUAAUAAAGGCUAACACCCAACAAGCAGAGGAUGACCCGGACAUUAGCACUGAACCACCAACUAAGGAGGAAAUUGUUACAGCCAUUAAGUCUCUCAAAAGUGGAAAAGUGGCCAAGAUAACCUCAAUGAAGAACUGUUCAAGGCAAACCCAGAACUUGCAGCUGAAGUAUUUGUACCACUUUUCACACCUAUUUGUGAAAGGAAGGGUAUACCUGAUGACUGGUCAGAAGGAGUCAUCAUUAGGAUACCAAAGAAAGGCAACUUAGAGAAUGUAACAAUUGGAGAGGGAUCACACUUUUAGCAAUUCCAAGCAAGAUUCUGGCAAAUAUUAUUAUACAACGUACCUCAGAAGUAGUAGACAAACAGCUCAGGAAAGAACAGGCAGGGUUUCGUGGUGGAGGGGGUGCAUUGACCAGAUAUUUGCCCUUUGUAACAUUAUAGAACAGUGUACAGAGUGGCAGAGAC